CCACCUGCCCUGGCAGUGGGCUGCGAUCCCAGCCCUGCUUUAGCCUCUGGGUUAAAGAAAUGUGUGUAUGUGGCAUUUAGGGACAUGUUUUAGUGGUGGACUUGUCAGUGCUGGGUUAACAGUUGGACGUGGUGAUCUUAGAGGUCUUUUCCAACCUACAUGGUUCUAUGACUGCCAGCCCCAUGCUCCUGGGAGCAAUGCAGACAGGCAACACUACUUCCCAGAUACAAUUCUGCACAGUCAUCCUGCUGUCUCUCCCAAAUGGGGGACUGCCACUGUGCUUCAGACAUCUCCCAGGUGAUGCUGGCAUGGCCACCUCCAAGCCUGGACCAAGGUACUGCAGUUGGAUGCAGUUCCCCAAACCUGGCACAGCUGCCACACUGUGGCCUGGGGUGGCUGUUUGCAAUCCUGUUGUGAGCUCUGUCCCCUCAUGCACUUAAGCUCCUGCCACUCUUGCAGAUUCUGGAACAGCCUGGCACCAAGUGGGUACCUGGAUGCAUACGGCAUUGAUGUUGGAAAGGAGUAAGGUUGUUUAAAAUGUGCAGUGGUUUGUUUUUAAAUUUACCAAGAAAGCUGCAAUGAAGCCCAGCAAGCACAAUCUGAGCCUUAAUAAGUGCAGGUGAAAACUAAAGAAGACAUGUUUAAAUGCAAUCAGUGCAAUUACCCAUUGGGAAGUGAUGGAUACCCAGUCAGUUCAAGUCUUUGCAUCAAAAAGGGUGUUUCUUCCGACAGGAUGCCCUGCACCAGCCAGCAGCCCUGGGUGUCCCUGCAGGAGGGUCUUUGGCCUGUAUUAGGGUGCAGGACAGGACACUCAGCCCCAGCCCUCUGGUUUGGAGCUGUGGGGCUGAGCACAGAGCUUGGGCGUUGGCAUAUCUGUCCAGCCACAGAUGUUAUCACUGUUAUGAGCAUAAACAAGUGGCUCCAGAACUGCACCUUUAGCUACAUAAGCUGAAUCCUGAGGAAGGAAACAGCUUACUGUUGUGUCGGUGGGGGUGGUGCCUAUGAAGCUGGUGGGUUAUGCUGCUGGAGAUAUGGGACUGCAGAGACAUUGGCUGCAAAACAGGCUGGCCUGGAAAUCUUCAGGUUUCCCUGGAUGUGACUAGUCAAGUGGCGCCAGGAGAUAACGCCUGAGGAGUACGUGACUGAGUCCUCUCCGAGGGGUUUCUGCCAUGGCCUCCCACACAGGGGCACAGCUCCGCUGCUGCCUCCCCGGCCAUCCCUUAUCUCCCCACGCAGACCUGUGCCCUGACCUCACUGAAACCAGGCCCUGGGCCUGGGCUGUGGAUAAAGAGCUGUCCAGGUGAUGGGACCCCCAUCCGGUGUCCUCACUCCACACGUGGUUUGUUCCUGCAGCCUGGACUUGUCUGUGAGUGCUCCGCCAAACAAUGUACCAGCAUUUCCUUUUCCUUUUCUUCCUCUCCUUCCAUCCCCAUAAAUGCCAAGAUCAAAUCCUGGGUGAAGAUCCAUAUGAAAUGCCCAAAGACUACCAGCAGGUCUACAGAGGGACAAAAAAUGAUGUCAAAGAGAUCCCAAAGAUUGCAAAGCCCUUCGUUUCUGAAAUGAUCUUUGUGCAAACCAGCAUCACUGCUAUAAGGAAAGGUGCCUUCAGGUACAUGCCUAACCUGAUCAAGAUUUUCUUUAUUGGCAACAAGAUCAAGACAGUUGAACCUGGAGCCUUUGAUAAUCUGGACAAGCUGAGGGACUUGGAUAUCUCUGGUGCCUCAUUAGAAGAACUAUCUGUGGGCACUUUCCAAAACCUCCCAAGCUUACAGAGGUUGGAGCUGAGAGACAGCCAACUCAGAUACAUCCCCAAAGGCCUCUUUGAUGGGCUGGAAAAUUUGGGAGAGCUCUCCCUGCACAUCAAUGCAAUCCCUUCUCUUCCAGAAGGCAUUUUUGAUUCUCUCGUCAAUUUAACCUUUUUGGACCUGUCUAGAAACAGGAUCACAACUCUUCCUGUGAAUGCUUUUAGCAAACUUAUCCGGCUGCAGGUCCUCCGGCUGUAUGAGAAUGAGUUGCAAGACCUCCCAGAGGGACUGUUGGACAGUCAGAUGGAGCUGCUGGAGCUCAGCCUCCAGAGCAACAGGCUCAGGGAGCUGCCACCCAUGUUCCUGAGAAGCCUGCCUCACCUAGAGAAACUCCUCUUGGACAACAAUCUCAUCAGGGUUCUCCCACCUCAGGGCUUUUUUGGUUUAAACAAAUUGAAGCUGCUGACUCUGGGUUCAAACCAUAUCAUGGAGCUCCCCUGCUGCCUUUUUGACACCAUGCCACACUUACGGGAGCUGGACCUGGGCAGGAACAGUUUGGCCACACUUCCAGAUGGCAUCUUUGUCAACCUCACAUCCCUUGGAAAACUCAUCUUGUCCCACAACCAGCUGUUAGCCCUGCCAAGAGGAGCCUUCACUGGGCUCAGUAAGCUCCUGGACCUCCAGCUGGACACAAAUCAGCUCUCUGCUCUGGAUGAAGAGGUCUUUGCUUCUCUCCCAAAUCUGAAAACCCUCAACCUUCGAAAGAACCAACUGGAGAGUGUUCCCCGAGGGCUCCUGGACCCCCUGAAGAAGCUCAGCUCAGUGUAUCUGAGUGGUAACCCAUGGAGAUGUGAUUGCAACCUCUGCUCCCUGCACAGCUGGAUCCUGAGUAACAGUGAGAAGAUCAAAUUGUCCACCCAAGUCUCAUGCAAGAGCCCACCCCAUCUGGCAGGGCAAGCAGUAACAUUGCUGAGGGAUGACCACUUAAUUUGUCCAGCUACUCUGCCUCUUUCAGCUUCUUUUAUCCCAUCUCUGUCAUUUAACUCCACAUCAUCACAAAGGAUGUCAACUUUGUCAUCACUUGGAGGCUUGUCCACAGCAAUGCCAACCUUGCUGUCAUUGGCAGCCUUUCCCAUCAGGACAUUGACAACCGUUCUGUCACCUGUGGUCAGCUCUGCCAUGUUGCCAGCUGUCCCAACGGAGGGCACCUUCACCACUCCAUUGCCAACCGUGCCAUUUAAGGCCUUUGUCACCACCCCACCAUCAGCUGUGCUUCAGAAGGCCUUAAGCAACAGCCCACCAACAACCAAUGUGCCCAAGUCCUUCACCACCACACCAUCAACAACCAUGGUGCCAAAGGCCUCCAUCAUCACCCCAUUACCAGCUGCGCUGCCAGAGACCUUCAUUAACACACCACCAACAACUGUGCUGCCAACAGCCUCCAUUGCCAAACCAUCAUCAUCAACCGUGAUGCUCAGGGCUUUCAUCACCAGCCCAUCACCAGCUGUGCCAACUUCAGCCAUCAUAAGCCUACAGUCUCCUGGGGCCACCCACCCAGAACCUGUGCCAUCCACUCUAGCUUCUGCCACCACGCAGGUGCCAACAAGCCCGCUGGCACCCACCACCAGACAUGUGCUUCCUGUUCUUAUGGUGCCCACCAGACCACUGGCAACCACCACCAGACAAGUGCCUCCUGCUCUUUCAGUGCCCAGGGAGAGGCCAGCCACCAUCCCACAGGGAACACCCAAAACCUCCCUUGUCUCAGCCCCCUCCAUGGCACUCUGGCCAUCCCCCAAGACUGCUGAACUGGGCACGGUCCCACUGGCCUCACACUCCCCAUCCCACCAUGCUCCUGCACCAGGCAGGGAGCAGGACCAUGCCACCACAUGGGACUUGUCCCCAGCUGGCACCCAGCCCACCCCCAGUGCUCCCCAACAUGCUUCUGCCCCGGCAGGCACCGUCCUACUCCCAACGCCUCCCAUCCCUUUGCCACCAGACCACACGAGCCCCUGCCCGGCCUCCCCGCCCCUGGCCCCCGGCGGUCAUCGUGCCUGGGGCUGGUCCCUGCGGGCCAGUCCACGGCAGUGCCGGCUGUCCCUGGCGCUGGGGCUGGCCGCGCUGGCGCUGCAGGCAGCCUGCACGCUGCUGUGGGGGAUGCUCGCCCUUCUCCUUCACCAGGACACACGACACCGCCCCGGGCCGCCUGUGAGGCUGCUGAGCCUUCAGGCUCUGGCUGAUCCGGGGACCCCCGAGCCAGCUCAGGCACCGCUUUAA